CCAUCACUACGUGCAAUUGAUCCUUAAACCGUAAUUGUAUCGAAUUCUGAAUACCUGACACUUCCACCUGGGUUAUUUCCUACUGAGCCACUGCGUCACACAGUAGCUUACGAGCUUAAUACUGCCCCGCCAUGAUCUCUCGGCAGUUUUGUACCCACGCGAGAUCACUGUACCACCGGGGUGAAUCUACCACAACGUUGAGGACAACUUGGAGACACUUUCGCGCAUAUUCAUCCGAACUAAAGCACGACCAAAGGGUCUCGGGUGCUAUAAAGUUCUCGCAAGUGGACGCCCUACUCGCAAAGCCAACCUGGUCGGUUGAUUCUCUCCUCCCUUCUCAAAGUCAAGCUCUGGACGCACCUCCGAUAUCUCCCCAGCAACUACAGCGCCUACUUCGAUUGUCGGCUCUCCCUCCUCCCAAGACACUAGAAGAAGAGAAGAAGAUAUUGGAUACUCUCGCUUCGCAACUACACUUCGUCGGCGAAAUACAACAAGUGAACACAGAAGGCGUACAACCACUGCGUGCCAUCAGGGACGAAACCGUAGCCUCGUUGCGCGAUCAGACCGUCACUAUGGACACACUGAAGGAUGCUUUUGCGGCUGAAGAAGUCGUUGGGAAGCACUACAAGAGGAUCUAUCGAAAGCCAACCGUCACAGAUGCCGCGGCAGCUGAGAAGUGGGACGUCCUUGGGUCUGCACAACGGAAAACCGGGGGUUAUUUCGUCGUGGAAAGUGAGAGACUCCAGAAGUAGAGUUGGUACUACAGCGCGACGAAUUUUUCGAGCGACUUGCAUGCGCAUUAGUGCAUGCUAUAAAUGCAAGCGUUUGCUGUCGAUUUAGGCAAAGACAAAGGCCGUAUUGCCCUUUCAAGGACUCAACUCCCAUAUAUGGAAUUCCACGAUCAAUCUGAAUACUCGCU